AGCACCUAGAGCAGCGGAUUUCGCGCGAGAUAUAGACCCAUAAACACGCACGCGUACACAUACGCACCCGCGCACGACACGUAACGCGUAUACAGACACAUACACACAAACACACACACAACAUACAUACAUACAAACGUCACGCGCGCGCGCAUACACAUACGUGGCCGUCACACUGAGAAACACGCCAGCCGGUCACUGCACACGUGUGUCGUACAUGAGCAAACAGUGCGUUUAGGACACGUACCGCGCGCGCGUACACGUUGCCACCGUUCCCGUAGAUGUGUUGAUCCGUAGACUUUACGCGUCACGCGUCACGACCGUACGCACGUAUCCACCUACUCUGUCCCUGCGUCGCGACAUCGAAUAGCCGCGGAAUGUCGCCGGUUUCUCGCUGCUGUACGUUCGCGGCACGCGUCGAAUGAAUUGCGUCAGGUAGUAAUCAAAGAAUCGCGGUUAAUCGCGAUUGUGUAUGUGUGGUGAAUCGCGCUUACGAUCCAUACGCCGGAGGAGGUCAUCCAACGGAACGAGCGGCGUCAGUAACGAAAACAACUUGUUUGGGAAUCCACGGACGUCUUUCGGAGCAGGGAGAGAAAGGAGGAGAGAGUGUGUUGUGCGUGAAUGCAUGGACCACGUGCGAACCGUUUAGGACAAGCGGAGCCACGAAUCAGUGAGAAAACAGUUAACUAUCGAGUGCGCGGAACGACGGAUCUCUUUUUGUGACAUCGCGCGGUAAGAAAUCGCGCGAGUGUGAAAAACUAUGUUAGUGAAAUUCGUACGCGAACUUUAUUGGCCUCUAUGGAUUAUUGGCUAAGUAGUUGAUGCGCUCACCGGCCGGUGGCGAGAAUAACUCUCUUUUGGCGACGAUCCAUGCAUAGGACGCUUCGGGAAGUGCAUUCGCGAUUUGCUAAGUAGUGCCGAUAGUAGUGAGUUCAAGCAGCGAUCGUGUGUUGUGAUUUCGAUUGUUGCUGCACCGGAACACUGUGUGAGAAAGAGAGAGAAAGAGAGAGAGAGAGAGAAAAAAGAGAGAGAGAGAGAAAGAGAGAGAGAGAGACAUGAGGUGCGCAUCUUUGACGUUACAGCGACGUCGUCUACCGCCGUUGUCCCGUCGACGACGUCUAGACUGACCGGACAUCCCGCAGGAGAGGAAAACAAUAUCCGCACUGACAGCAAACGCCAGUCGAUUCCACUGUCAAACGGCGGCGGACAACUGCUUCUUCGUCGGAGUAACGAAGAGAGCGAACUGAUUCAUCUGAGUCGGAGGGAUGUCACGGAGAAAGCAAGCUCGACCAAGCCGUGCCCAUCUUGAGGACGAUCUUGUCCAGAGGCCUCUCCUGACCAAUCCGACUGGAACUAUCGCAAGCGAGAUCCGAAGAGAAGAAAAUGAUUUUACGGACGGCGAAGAGAGUGGCGGUGGAGGAGCAGGUGGUGAAGAGGCUGUGGAUCUCACGGCGACGAGAUCUCAUCAAAGCGAUGAAGAUGACAAAGAUGCUGACGAGCCCCUGGAAGAGGACGAAGAAGAAGGCGUGGACGAACAGGAUGAGCAGGAUGAAGACGAGGAGGUUUCCUCACAUAUUCGGCAUAAACAAGACGCAGAAAACAACAAUAACUUUGUCCAGAGCGGUCCACCUCCCGCGAUAUUCCCACCCGCCGGAACUAAUCACGUCACUCUCGAAGCUCUUCAAAACACGAAAGUGGCAGUUGCGCAGUUUGCCGCCACCGCUCUCGCCGGGACCGACAGUGAAGCAGCGCUGCAAGAUUUGGCACUUCUGCAUAGUACACUGUACACCUUACAGCAUCAACAAGUAUUCCAAUUACAGUUAAUCAGCCAACUUCAGCAACAGCUGUCUAUCACUCACAGCCAAUCAGCGCAGCCAUCGUCGACGGAAUCACCAGAUACGAAAGAAAUUUCAUCACCUAUUAUUCAACCAAAACCAUUAUCGAGUCUUACAUCACCUCCUUCUUCCCGGCCGCCGAGUCAUCAUCAGCAGACAUCACCAACACCGCUGACGCCAAAUUUGCCACAAGAACAGUCAACCUCCACGAGUAGCGCUUCUCCUUUGAAUUUACCCCUGCCUUCGUCUAGUACCACUGCCACGACGACUGUCACGACUACUAGUAGUCAGGUUCCGCUCUCGCAUCAAAUGCCACUUUGUUCCAUAAGUUCUUCCCUCGCCUCAUCGAUCAUAACAAACACCGAUCCGCCGCCACUCAACGAGCCAAAUACUCUAGAGAUGCUUCAAAAACGUGCCCAGGAAGUAUUGGACAACGCGAGUCAAGGUCUCCUGGCCAACAAUCUGGCUGACGAGCUCGCGUUCAGAAGCGGCAAGGGUUCGCGACUCUCUCCUUUCGACUCGAAAUCGAGCGGCAGCCGCAACGAGCCUUUCUUCAAGCAUCGAUGCCGCUUCUGCGGCAAGGUCUUCGGUAGCGACUCAGCGCUACAAAUCCACAUACGAUCCCACACAGGUGAGCGACCCUAUAAGUGCAACGUCUGCGGCAGCCGGUUUACCACCAAGGGCAAUCUGAAGGUUCACUUCCAGAGACAUACGGCCAAGUUUCCACACGUAAAGAUGAAUCCAAAUCCUGUUCCAGAACAUCUAGACAAAUAUCAUCCGCCCCUUUUACAGCAAAUUGCUUCUGGGCAUAGACCGUCUCCGCCGCCGCCGCCACCGCCGCCACCUUCCUCACAUCAUCCCACAUUUCAUCCGACAGCAGCACAUAGUUUCCUACCGCCUCAACCACACUUACCACUGAGCCUCACCAUGCCCCCCAGUAUGCCUCCUCUUUAUCGAUCCCCACUUGUUAAUCAUCGGGACGAUCAGGAUAUACCGGAAAAUCUUAGUAAACAAUUACCUGUAACAGCUGCCCCUUUGACGUCUCCUUCUUCCCCUGUCACUAUAAAUUCUCGUCAUUCCUUUCACGACAAUCAUCAACAACAGCAAAAGCAGCUCGAGCAAAGAGAAGAAAUCAAACAUGAACAGAGAUCGCCCGAGCAGGAGCAGUACCAGCAACGACCGAUGAGCCAAGAGAAUGCUGAACGAAUAACUCCGAAGAAAGAACCUGAGGAAACGGAAGAACCUGUGGAAGAAGAAAGCGAAGACUUCGAGGAACAAACAAGGCGAUUUCUCGGUUCACCUCAAUCCUCAGUAAAUCCGUCGUCUCAACCGCAAACGUACGAAGACUGUAGUAUAGACAGUAAGAUCAGUGGACGUUUAGAAGGCGAUGGAGAGAUGGAACCAGACGAGGAAAUGGAAGAACAACCGGAGAAUCUUUCUAGCAGGGGUACGAUCAGUCGCUUACCUCAACAAAUUGUGGCGUAUCCAGGAGCAUCUCCUGCCAGCAGUAGUGCGAGUAGCGGUAGUCUUCAGACGUCUUUCGCCGGAAUUCUGUUUGCAGGUACUCCGGCUCAUCAAAUACCUCACCUUCCUUCUGUUUCGACUACUGGAUCGACGUCGGCUGUUUCUACAAAUGAGAUGAUCGAUCCAGCUAAAGAUCCGGCAAUCUAUUCAAGUUUGCUACCUCGACCAGGUAGCAAUGACAAUUCUUGGGAAAGUCUGAUUGAAAUAACAAAAACUUCAGAGACAUCUAAGCUGCAGCAGCUGGUUGACAAUAUCGAACACAAGUUGAGCGAUCCUAAUCAGUGCAUUGUUUGUCACAGAGUACUUUCUUGCAAAAGCGCAUUAUUGAUGCAUUAUCGCACUCACACGGGUGAACGUCCUUUUAAGUGUAAGAUUUGUGGUCGUGCCUUUACCACCAAGGGCAAUUUGAAGACUCACAUGGGAGUGCACAGAGCGAAGCCUCCACUGCGGGUAUUACAUCAAUGUCCUGUGUGUCACAAGAAAUUCGCGAAUACUCUUGUACUUCAACAACAUAUACGUCUUCAUACUGGGGAACCUACUGAUCUCAGUCCGGAACAAAUUCAAGCUGCGGAAGUAAAUGAAUUUCCACCUGGUUAUCCUCCUCAUCCGUUGGCGUCUUUCUUGCCACCAGGGUUUCCGAUACAUCCAACUGGAGCAGGCUUUCCCUUAGGAUUUCCUUCAUCCAGGCAACCAACUAUUGAACAACAAUCGCAUGAGAUUGACAUGGAAAUGAAAGAAGAAUCGCAGCAACAUAGGCAGAGAUUUGUGGAGGAUCUCAACGAGGAAACAGAGGAUCAAGAAGAUGAGGAACAAGAUCACAGAGUGGACGAAGAGAGAGAUCGCGACAGACGUAGUGAAGAGGAAGAAGAUCACGAAAAUGAAGAGACUGAACACAAAGAUGUGACACUUCCUAUGUUUUCAACGUCAUUAGGGGCCUUGGAAAACCAAGUUAGAACCAUCUCGACGACGGCUGCGACUACGAUGGCAAACGUAUCUGAGUCGGCGUCCUUUCAUCGAUACAACGGUAGCGAGAAAAGCAACAGUCCGCCAAUUUCCGGCACCCCGCUCGAUUUAACACCCCGUGCUUCGUCUACACCAGCAUCAGUGGCUUCAACGCCACCGACACCGCCACCUCAAACCGUGCCGCAUCAUCCACAUCCCUUCGGCAUGUUUGCGGGAUUACUGCAAGCGGUAUCUUCUGCUCCUACCACCAGCACGAUUGGAUCGUCGAAUAUAAACAGCGUUACGUCAAUGAACACCAUCAAUCCUGGAAACGGGCCUAGCAGCGGUCCGCUGGCUUCACUUACCACUUCAGCAGUACUAGCCGCAUCAUCGACUUACAAUCCGCUCGGUCUGGCUGUUGGAGGGCCAGCAGUACGUGGAAACACUACAUGUAAAUUCUGCUACAAGACAUUCGCGUGCCAAUCUGCGUUGGAGAUUCAUUAUCGGAGUCAUACGAAGGAGCGACCUUUCAAAUGCAGCAUAUGUGACCGAGGUUUUUCCACGAAGAACGACGAUUCUGGUCAGCAAGUAUGUUCCUGCGCGGACCAACCCUUCGCCGCGAAGGGUCCGAUCCCUCCACAAUCCAUUUCCCAAUAUCGCCCGUUCCCGGCGAGAUCAACCGACGGAAAUCGCGAGAAACCGAAACGCAGGCGGCGGCGGCCUGAGGAGCGGAAGAACCGGGGGCGGACAGGAACAGGAGGGGGUCGAAGGCUGACGUCUGUUUAUCCUGCCGUCCGCCUGCCCCCGCUGAUGCCACCCGCCCUCGGACUUCUACCCUCGGACCACGUCUUUCUGGGCAAUAUGAAGCAACAUAUGUUGACUCACAAGAUUCGCGAUAUGCCGCCGCAUCUGUUCAAUGACGCCAAGCAUCAGCAGCAGCAGCAGCAGCAGCAACAACAGCAACAACAACAGCAGCAACAGCAACAACAGCAGCAAUCUCAGGAUCACGAAACUUCCAGAAGCCCGAUGUGCACCGACGAUUCAAGUCUACCGCCUCCACCGCCGCCACCACCGCCGCCGCCACCUCCACCAUUACCACCGACAUCCAUCGAGUCUGCGAUACCAAUAAAGAGAUCUCCGCCGGAAGGAGAUCUGCCAGCACCAAAAAGACCAGCCAGCGUACCGAGCAAACACUUGUGCCAGAUUUGCAAUAAGAAUUUCUCCUCAUCUUCGGCGCUCCAGAUCCAUAUGAGAACUCACACUGGCGAUAAACCAUUUCGAUGCACCGUCUGCCAGAAGGCGUUCACCACCAAAGGCAAUCUCAAGGUGCACAUGGGCACUCAUAUGUUCACCAACGGAACGUCACGUCGAGGUCGAAGGAUGUCGUUGGAUCUGCCUCCUCUGCCAAUCACCCCCAAGGACUCGGAGUUUCUGCAGCGACGACCGGAUCUUUUUUAUCCAUAUCUUCCCGCGCCAUUCCUUAACGGCGUCCAGCAGAAGCUGAACGAGAUUUCGGUGAUUCAAAGUAGCAACGGAUUACCGCCUCAUUCCUUAGGCGCGGGCAAGUACGCGGCGAAUCUGUUUGGUUCGGUUUACGGAACCGGCGGUGGAGGUUUUUCUCUGGACAAACAACCGAUGGCGCCGAGCAGUAACGGACCAUUGGUGGACGGCAAACCUGUGAUUCCCUCGGGGUCUAUGCUCUUCCAGACACCGUCGCCUUCGCACUCACCCGGCACGCCAUCGUCCAACAACGGUAAUCAAAAUUCUACCAGCAUGCCCUCCUGGACCGGCGAUGUUCUUCAGCAUCACUUCGAUCGGGAAACACCAAACAGAACCGAGAACGACGCCACGCCGCCCACUUCACGGCUACCACCGCCACCGACAAGAGGAGAAGGAUUAGCCGCGUGAAGCUUGAUAAAUACAUAUCUUUUUACCUAGCCGUAACGAGUGCAACUGGUUGAUUCGCGGUGGUCAAAUCUCCACCGAAUACAUAAGAGGCUGAUUACGUAAUCGAUACACAAUCUCAAGAGAACUUGGCAGACUGAAUAAUUCAAAGAAGAAUCAUAAGUGAACGUGGUUAAUACAUUCGCACACACACAGAUACACACACACACACAUACACAUACACUCUCUCUUUCUCUCCUUAUCUAUCUAUCUAUCUCUGCGGGCAGUCUCGAUUUUCUUCCUCCGUCCCAGUUGGCGAAGGCUUCUCGUCGACGUAUUGAUUCAUGCUUGAGACGAGAUCGUCAGGAGAGAAAACAGCGGUUUCCAAUUAAAAACGUCGUUUGCAACGAAGCACUGAGUGACGAAAAAACCCUCACUUGAAGGAUGCAUGCCUGUGACCUAAUACCUUGUGUUUUUCCGUGCAGUCCAAGGGUGGACAAUUUUCAGACUGAAACGGUCUCUGAUGACAAUCGCGUUAUCCUUUGCAUCAGAUGAUCCACACUCGUCAAGUGUUGUUGUCAAUAGUGUUACUUGGCAUUUUUUCACGUAUGUAUAACAACAUAUCUUCAUUUUCCCACUUCCCCUUCGCCUUUCUCAUCCCGUUUUUUUUCAUCCCGGCAAUAGUGUCUGCAAACGAAGACAUCAUGUUCCUAUUAUCGCACUAGUCUUAAUGCGUAAAACAAGAGUAUCGAUAGAUGAAUUUGAUUGAUCCGUCGACGGCUUUCCGCGCGUAGGUAAGACACACUGAUAAUAUCAACCUAAAUUUGAAAACUCUCUCUUUCUCUCUUGUGAUUCCGUGGGGUUCGGUCGCGUUACUCCCUCAUCGUUUAUUCAAGCCGUGAAACUUGGUGUUAUUCGCGAGUAAAUGCGGGUCGAUGAUGACGAGACACUUGUGACAAUUUGUGUAAAUGUUAAUUUUGUGCGUUACGUAUGUGAGCGUGUGUGUCGCGAUCGAACCUCAUGUAUUCGCAACGUCGAAUCUUUUGUACGGAAUUUGAGGGAAUCCUCCGAGCUAGGCGCGGCGCCUAGACUGAGCUCGACUCGCGCGAUAAAACAAAAAAACAAAAAAAAAACAAAAAGAAAAAACCGAGUGUAGCAUGUUAGAGCCGUAAGACACGUGGCGUCGCGUACUAACCGGUGUUCCCAGUAUAUUUCGACCGUCCGUUUGCGACAGUGAUGGUCAUUUCUUCGGGUUUCUAAGGCUAAACAA